AUGCCCCUUUUGCAAGCGAUAAAAAUUCCCUGUUGGGUAUUGUAUAGCGUAUUUUUCACAAACUAUGGAUGCAGUCAGUCAAAUAUGUGCGCAAUAAAGCCAUGUUCAGUUAAACAAUACAGCUUUUCCAGAGAGAGAAACGGCGUGGAGAAUCACGCCCUUUAUGGCCACAGUUUUAAAAACCUGACAGUGCAGAGUCACAAGGACUGUUUUGAGAACUGUGCGUGGGACUGUCGAUGUAAGUCGUUCAACUUUGUAACAGGCAUGAAGCAGAAAAACUGUCACCUGAAUGAACAAGACAGAUAUGUGGAACCUGGGGCAUUGAAGAGGAUAAUUGGAUUUAGCUAUCACGAAAUAGGAAUUGAGUAUAACAUCAAGGUAUGAUAUACACGUUUCUGUUUUGAUUUCGCAAGAAUGAAAGCAAAUGCAAUAAAGGAAUUUUCCCUUCCGGUGGGAGAUGAGGUGGCCUAUAUCACGGUUAAAGUUUUCGCUGGACUUCUGCGUUGGGAGAGUAUAGCUGAGCUUUAGACCCCUUCGUCAGAACGAUUAAAUCGACCUGACCAAGGUCUCGAAACGUCAGCUUUUUACGUUUAAGUCAGGAACCCAAAUGCCCACAAUGCCAAAUGGAUGCUGUCGUGGAAAUAUUCACUGUCUCAACGGUGGAACCUGCCAAGAAACCUGUGACAGAAGGAGAUUCAGAUGUGUUGUGCAGGCCAAAUUACCUACAAUGGAACGUGGAUGCUGUCGAUAAAAAUUCACUGUCUCAAGGUAACCUGAAUGGAGGAAUGGAAGCUCGUUGCAAACAUAUUUGAUAUUUUACCACGUGGAAGCUCGUUGCAAACAUAUUUGAUAUUUUACCACUUGAUAAAAGAGCCAGAUCUUAGAUCUUAGUGGCCCCUGAUUAUCUAUUAUUUAGUCGUUGCUAACAGAGUAUUAAAAGGGGACAAUGAAAAUUGACUGCCAGUAAGGGCGGAUAAUUAGAAUAUCAAAGAGCCUUAGGGGAUAAGAUAAAUUAUAUCUCCGCCCCCCCCCCUGCCCCCCACGGGUGAUAUAAUGACCGGUCCCUUGAUAGUGUACUGGCAUUUCACCUCAAGUCCUCGAAACGAAAGGAUAAACUUCGAAUAAAAAACAAAAAUGACAAUUAUUUUUCAUUCAUCAACACAUUUCAAUAAUUAAGAGUGUUGGCUUUUGUCAUGCAACCAAUUUUUAGAUUAAAAUUUAAUAUUCUUUACGUGGUGUCAUUUUUUAUUGACAGUCACCGGUGAUAACCCUUUACACCCUAACAUCAGUAUGUAUAUUCUCCAUACAGUUCUCUAGACAUUUAUUGAGGUGCUGACAAGAAGAAUUUGUUAAAUGAUCAGGAGAUUAUCUAACUAGUGAUCAUUUUCUUUAUUCUCGUGACCUAGACGUGUGAUUAAUGGGUGAUAUUGUUAGGAGAAAUUAGAUGCUAAUCACUCUAAGGGCUAAAAGGGUCCAUGCAAAAUAACUUCACUCUGUAACUUUUGCUUCAAAUGUCAAAAUGAUUUUCUGUUCACCUUUCUUCCAUAAAGUUUCAAUUUCUAAGAGCUGCGCAGAAAUAAAGAAGAAUGGAGGUCAAUCAGACGGUGUUUAUACCAUUGAUCCAGAUGGUAAAGGAGCCUUUCAAGUCUAUUGUUAUCAGAAUUACUCCGCCGGAGAACCCUGGGCUGUCAUUCAGAGGAGAAUGAAUGGCUCGGUUGAUUUUUACCGCGCUUGGAUGGACUACAAGAAGGGGUUUGGUAAUGUGCAGGGAGAAUUCUGGCUUGGACUUCUAAACAUCCACAGGUUGACCAAUCAGCGACAGCAAAAGUUGAGAAUAGAGAAAAGAGAUUUUGAAUGGGGAUUGGUGCUGGGCUGAAUACGAAAACUUUACCGUGAGUGGAGAAGAUGAUGGAUUUCGUCUACAAAGUUUGGGAUCUUACACCGGUAAAUGAUGCUAUAGCUUUCCUUCUCACCAAGAUUUGCUACUGACAAGUCCACAAUCAGUCUUGAACCGUUGAAAGUCAUUACACUUUGUCACUAAUAAGGAAAAGGGGAAAUGUUUUUUUAAUUAACGUUAUAAAUAGCUGAGUAAAUGCGUUCUUGUCAGGUUUGUACUAUUUUGGGAUUUCACUAGUCCUUAUGCAAAGGUAUUACUUUGUUUAAUUGCAAAAAUAUCAAGCCGAGAAAAUUCAAGCGUUCUCUUUAAACGUCUUGUAAAGGUAACCCCUAACUCGACUGUGGCUUCCCUGGAAUACUGUGAUUUCAUUUCCUCAAACUACUGCUUUCACUCUUCUGGAGCAGAAUUUAGAAAACGGAUACCCGUGUGAAUAGAAUUCGCGACAUGGGAUUGGUUACUUCCAGACUCUCCUGGAAACGAUCACCGAGAAAAAAGAGAAUGGUAUCUCAAACUGAAUCAAAAUGAAUAAAGUCAGAAACUGGGGCCAAAGGCUCAACCAUCUCUCACUGAGUACCCUACUCACUGUUUUUUUUUUUUUUUUUUUUUUUUUUUUUUGUUUUGUACGUAAACUUGCAGGUUUAUGCAUAGAUGCGUUUUCAUACAAUGUUGGUGCUCCCUUCUCUACCAAAGAUAAAGAUGCAGAUAGUAAUGCGAUUAGUAAUUGUGCUGUGGAUCAUCAGGGAGCCUGGUGGUAUAAAAAUUGUACGGACUGUAAUUUGAACGGAAAGUACAACCCCCAACCUAGUCAGGCAAUUACAGGAAUAUACUGGUACCAGAACAAUGGAAGACCAGAUCGCCUUAAAUGGGUCGAGAUUAAGAUACAACCCUUCGGAUAA